UCAACCGGAGCAUCACUCGUGCCUGUGGGUGUUUUAGUGAGACAGACACAGAGGAGCACCAACCAGUAAAAGCACAGCACUCUUCAUUAUCGACGCAUCACGCCAACAACAUCAAAACAGCCUUUCCAACCUCUGAAGUCAGUAGGACUUUGAAUUCGUUGUUAGCCAGACUACUAAUUAGCCCCUACACCCUCUAUCAUUUUCACUCCCUCAGGUUUGGGAGACUUGUGCAUAUGGCGGCUGCGCGCGUGAACGCGCAAAUGGUGGGCCGAUGGGUAACGUGAAGGGAGUGAUUAGCUAUGUAAUUGUGUUAAUAAUGAACUGGUUUCUUUUUGCAUUUUAACAGCAUGAUGUUCUUGGCCACCUACAUCGCAUUGAACUGCUGUGGUGAACAAAUCAGGAGACAGUUUCCCUGGAACCUUGUUCUGCUGGCUCUCUUUACUCUCAGCCUGGCCUGCAUGAUGGGCUUUGUGUCCAGCUUCUACAACACCAAGUCAGUGGUCCUGUGUCUAGGCAUCACUGCUCUGGUGUGUAUGUCUGUCACCAUCUUCAGCUUCCAGACCAAGAUUGACUUCACUUCCUACCAGGGAGUCCUGUUUGUCCUGACCAUGGUCAUGCUGUUCUGUUGCAUCAUACUCUCCAUUGUCAUCCCCUUCUGCUCAGCUUCCAUUAACAGCUGACACUGUAAAUAAGGACAAUUAGGUCACAUGAUGGCGUAAUGAGCAUGUGUACCUUUCCAGAAGGCGAUAAGAAUAGUUGUGAGGGACUGAUAGUGAGUUUAUAUAUAGAGUAAGGCUUUUGGCCCUCACUCGCCCUAUUUGGGUGGGUAGAGACUAACAUGUACAAGAUUGAUUAGUCCUGGGUAUUCCUUUAAAGGGACAGUUCGGGAUUUUGACAAUGAAUCCCUUUAUGUUAUUUCCCAGUCAGGUAAACUCAUGGAUAUAAUUUUUAUGUUUCUGCGUCCAUUAUGCAGGAAGUUAGAGGUAAUUUUGUGAGCUUCCUGCAUACUGGACACGGAGACAUAAAAAUGGUAUUCAUGAGUUCAUCUGACUCUGGGGAAGUAGAUAAAGGGCUUCAUUACCAAAAUCCCAAUGUAUCCCUUUAAUCUUGUGAGAUGAUUAUAAGCCAGUGUUAUUCCUAGAUUGGUGGCCUAUCCUCAUUAGGAUUGUUUGAUAAAAUUCUUACUGUCCGACACAGGUGCCCUGGUUACAAGCCAUCUACGCUGUGAUAGGAGCUAUCCUCUUCACUCUGGUGAGUGGCAGAUAUUCUACACGCAUUCAUCAUUGGGAAGGCCCAGAGUUUUUCCUGGUCAAGGUCACAUGGUCUAGACAAAUUCCUGGCCCUAAUCAUUGGGUUACAGUCUGUAGCGAAAUGGUUUGAUCUCAACCCCCCCUCCCUCGCUCCACUCUCUCUUCCUCUCUUAGUUUCUGGCGUUUGACACCCAGCUGCUGAUAGGCAACAAGCGCUACACUAUGAAUCCAGAGGAAUAUGUCUUUGCCACCCUGAACCUAUACCUGGACAUAGUAAACCUGUUCAGCUUCCUACUGUCAUGUUUUGGAGGGGGCCGUGACUGAUAAAUCUGUCUACCCGUCUGUCUCUCAAUCUGUUGGGAACCUAAAAACAUCUAUCAAACUAGAUGUCUGUCUAUUUCUCAUUUAGACCACAUGGGUGUUUUGGCUCACUACACUCUCUCAGUCCAAUCUCCCUCAACCUUAGAACUUAAAGUGGCACUCCAGUCUCUUUUUCACCUCAUUUAACACCCGAUUUACUGAACAAAAGGCACAUCUCAAUAGGUUGUCCAGUUAUGUCCUACUCCUUGAAAAAUGUCUAAAAACCACAAUUUUUCUCAAAACAUAUAUCUUUUUUACCCUUUGUGUGUACUUUACUGUAUUUACACUUGGGAUAUCGCUUUUCAACAGUAAAAGUAAAAAAAUAACUGGAGGAUGUCUUUAAGAGCUUCUUUCAUUUCUGUCUUCUUCUCAAACAACCCUGUCUCUUCUGUGAUCAAAAAAUUUGGAUAUUUCUCACGUACAAUAGUCUCUCGUCCUGACAGGCUGUUUACCUUUGAAUUGAGCAGCCGCCCAGCGAACACACAAGAUUUGGUUCUGAGUGCCGAGAUUGCAUACCUCACCUUAUUUAUGGUGAACAGUUGGAGAGCAGGUCAGCUUUGGGAAACAACAAACCUGGCCAUUACUUAAAAGGGCACUUACAGUAAGUAAGUCGUGUGUUUGUCUUCUGCUCUGUGUUAGGAAAUUAUGGAUACAAAAGCACAUAACGAUAAAUAGCAUUAACAUUUUGAGUCCCAGAAUGUUGGCGACACUGGUCUAAUACUAAAACAGUAUAAUACUUUAACUUAUUGUUCUUUCUAGUCUUCCGGGAAACCGAUUUCUGGUUCUUGUCUGUCAUCAACUCAGUACAAAGAAGAAAAAGUAAACAUUGAUACUGUAUCUUUAAAGCAUGCUAUCUUUCUGUAAAUAUACCUCUUUCCUGUUUUCCUAAACUAUCAUAUGGAUUCAGGAAAUCUUUGGAACUCAGCAGGGUUGAGUUUAAUUGUCUUAACUAUAGUUUUGAUAUGACAGAGUAUCUUCAGAUGUGUUUCCUAGAUUUAAUUUUAUUGUCAGUUAUUUUGUAAAUGUUUACAGAUUCUGAUCUGGAUCAAAUACAUUGCUAAGGUUCCAGCUUGGAACUACAUACUGGAACUUCCAGGUAUGGAAAGAUAAUAUUUUCCAAACUACAAUGUGAUUAGAGUAGUCUCUAUAUGGGCAUGAAGGCUCUGUAUCUUGUACGGAUUGCUUUUAUGCACGUUUAGCUACACAGAUACAUACAGAAUUACUUCAAAUCAAAAGGGAAGAAGUUAAAUGAACGAUCAUAUUAGAUCCUACAAUUGGUUUAUCAGUUGCAAGUUAUAUUGUGACUCCUCUGUAAGGUUAAUGUAUAGCCUUUUGAAUGCAGUAUCAUUAUUAUAAUGUCAAGGCUUGGUCAAUAAAGUUGUGUUUGGAAGUUACUAUGAUCUGCCAAAGAGAAAGGAGCUUACACCUUUCGAUGGAUAUCAAUCACUUUGGUUACCACAUUGAAAAAUGUAUAUUGAACAAACAUAAUACGAUUCGCUCAACACUAAAAUAAACUUGGAAUUUAUGUAA